UUAAAAUAAAUGUAGCUAACAUGGAAAAGAUGUAGUAGCCUUCUUCGGACUUUUGUUGUCGUUUUCAUGCGUUUGUUCUGAUAAAACCUGUAAAAGCUUGUGACAAGUUAGACUGACCUUAGCCUGCGGGGUACAACAACACAAACAUUAAUUUGUUUGAAGAGGGGUGCAUUCCAAGGCAAUGGUGCAGAACGUGGUACAAAGACAAUGCCAGAAGCCAAAGACGCAUUUCUACUAACAAGUAUGAACUCCCAGGCAGUAGGUGGCAGUAAUGGAUUAAGAAGUUAAUGAAUAUGUCAUUACUCAAGGAAGAUCCCACUACAGCAGCAUACGACCGUAGCUAACAGGUUACAUGAUCAAGACACAGUUCGGCUGAAGAUUUUGUGACGAGGAUUUUGUUGAGUGGGAAAGGUGUUUCAAGCGACAUGUCAUUUAUAUUUGACUGGAUCUACAAGGGGUUUAGCGGUGUGCUCCAGUUUUUAGGUUUAUACAAAAAGUCUGGAAAGCUGGUGUUCUUGGGCUUGGACAACGCUGGGAAAACGACAUUGUUGCACAUGCUGAAGGAUGACAGGCUGGGACAGCAUGUGCCAACCUUACAUCCAACAUCAGAGGAGUUGACCAUUGCAGGAAUGACAUUCACCACAUUUGAUCUUGGCGGUCAUGUGCAAGCAAGAAGAGUGUGGAAGAACUAUCUUCCUGCUGUUAAUGGAGUGGUCUUUCUUGUAGACUGUGCUGAUCAUGAACGCUUGGCUGAAUCCAAGGUUGAACUUGACGCUCUGUUGACAGACGAGACCAUCUCAAACGUGCCCAUCCUGGUUUUGGGGAACAAGAUCGACCGCCCAGAAGCCGUCAGUGAGGCGGGACUCCGAGGGGCGUUCGCUCUUGACGGACAGACCACAGGAAAGGGAACCGUGUCUCUGAAGGAGCUGAGUGUGCGCCCCCUGGAGGUCUUUAUGUGCAGUGUGUUGAAGAAGCAGGGCUACGGCGAGGGCUUUCGGUGGCUCUCCCAGUACAUUGACUGAGAGCAGGCCAAAGCAACCCUGGAUUUCCCCUCAGAUGUCUUUUUUUAAAAAAUUUUUUUUUUUCUUCCUGUCUUCCUGUGCACUCUUUCAUGGAGGGGAAAUGGGUAGAGAAGACGAAGACGCAGUCCCCCAUCGUGUUUUUUGAGAACGACGAAGAAACGACAACGGUUUAUGCCCCAGUCUUAACCUGCUCUGGCUCACAACAGUUGCCUACCAUAGCAGCCAUCCUCUUUAAUGUUAAGCUUGUAUUCCUGACAAAGAUUUGUAUGUGUUUUUAACCUAUCUAAAGUGGUAAUGUACGGAGAUCCCCAACACAUUUUUUAAACAUUAGUUUUAUGACCUUAGAAAUGGCAGGAAUGACUGCAAAGUAUUUCUCUACCCAAAGAUGGUUUAUGUGUAUUUUGUUUUAACUGUCACUGAAGGUGAAUGUUUGGUGAUAGGUGCAGUAUUUUUCCAGAUGAUGGAUAUGACUCAUGGUGGACCAAGUAGACUUAGGUUCAGUUCAUUAUUGAAGUGACUGAAGUAGUGGGUAUUGUGAACGCUGAAGUGUUAGCUGGAGGAAAUGGCCACUACUGUUUGUGUGGUGUAGGGAACACGUCGAAAUAAGGCUGUAGUUACCGAAGAAGCACUUUAAGGAAGUUAGCUUAAGCGCUAGUCGUGGCCCGUCCUGGUUAUACUACAGACACCUCCCAUUGAAAUCACAGGUCACAAAGUGCGAGUGCAGGUUUUAUUAUUAUUAUUAUUAUUAUUUUUCAUAUUUUAAAUCCUUGAGUCAGUUGUGACGAUACUUGCUAGUUAUUAUUGCUGAUAAUUCACUGAUUAUUUUGUGUCUGUUGAGCACCAGAGCCCUAUUCCUUAUCCUUGGACCAGAUUAGAAGGACCCUGCUCUGGAGUGCAUUGACAUCUGACUCACGGAUGAAACUAACAUUAGGCAAGUAGCGUUUGUGAUGAUGAUGAUGGUGAUAGUGAUGAUGAUGGUGAUGAUGACUCAGCCUUUGACAUUUGGAGGAUGACCACUUGUACUUGUUCAUACUAUCAGUGCCGUCAGUAGCCAGGGUUUGACUAGCACCCCUAAUAUUAUUAUUAUUAUUAUUACUUCUGAUAUCUUUCCAUAUGGUUUGAAAUGAUGAUGUGCACAUGACCAGAGCUCUUAAAUACACUGAUAGUGUUUGCUCUUAACCAGAUGUGUGAAGAGCACUACAGCAAACCUGAAGUCAUAUGGCCUCUGCUGGCUAGAGACCUUCCCGUGCUUUGGAGCAAUUUGCUCCCUGUCAGGACAUUGGUAGAGUGCUCACGGUCUUUGUUAGAACUGAACACCCCAAGGACUUUCCCUGGGGAAAAAAAGUCCAAAUGUAAUGGCAAAGUCACCCAGUAAACACCAGUUGUCAGACGUCAAAGUCGCCGCAAAAUUGCAGAGUGUGGUGUCUUAAUUUAGAUGAGAAUAUUCCACACAGCCUAGUUGAAGCCGUUUGUGACGUUUGGUUUUUUAACAGAUGCUUGAGGUUAGCUGUCCACACAGAAUGUCCAUUUUAAGCUCGAGGGCUCUGGUCACAGCACACUCAAAUGUAUGAAAACAACCUUUUAUGUUUUGAGUGAAUGGUCCUUCAGAAGUUAUCGCAGUUUUGUGUUGCAGUAUGGUCAGCAGUUUGUUUGUUUGUUUGUUUGUUUAUUUAUUUAUUUGUUGUCUAUCUGUCUAUAUUUAGGAGCGAAGGUUGGUUUUGAAAAGUGAAAACAAGUUUUACCUAGUGUAUAUGUCUUGUAGAUAUUGUUCAUAUUGUCUGAUAUAUGAAUUCCAUAUAUUUAGUCAGGUUUAAGCUUGAAGUGCUGCAGGGACUUUUUGAUUAUCUGCUGUUAUUUCUCGAGAUGUUUUGUGCAGCAGAUUUGAGAGUAUACCUGCGGUGUGGAGUUGGUGGUAUCUUCGUCAGUGUUCCUUCAGCCAUGAUGUAGGCUACCAGUUGUUUAUUGACACCAUUGUAAAUAUUGUAUUAUGGAAUAUGAGUUUGUUAUGGAUUUGUUUCCUUUUUUGUUUUGUUUUAUUUAUUGAAUUAUUUAUUUAUAUUUUACAGUUCAUGUCAUUGAACUGGUAGCAGAUAUCCAUUAAAGCAGAUUGUGAUAAAUAUCAUAAAACUAUUUUAAACAUCAA